GGAGGACCAGACAUCAUUCGAGCUCAACGCUUCGUACAGUACACAUCUCAGCUACACACAGCAGCUACACAACAAAUCCUUCAAAAUGUGCCAGAACAAGACCAACACCAUGACCAUCAAGUCGAACAAGAAGCUGUCCUACAGCGUCAAGAAACUGCUCCAGAAAAUCUUCAAGCAGCAGCAAGUCGAGGAGGAGCAGAACCUGAAGAACACCCUCAAAGCCAACUCCCUCGAGUCGCUCGAAUCCAUCGAGAACAGCCGCAACGCCGACCUCGAGUCCACCGCCUCCGUCUGCCUUUCCAUGGAGUCCUGCGAGAACGAAGCCAACGAGCGCCUCUCCGCCUCCUGCGACAUCGAGGACUACGAGCUGGAGCAACUGCCCACCGUCCCAGUUCACUUCGUCCGCACCGCUCACGGCACCUUCUUCUGGACCGCCGCCUCCGAUCUGCCAGCCGACAACGACCUGAUCGAGCCCCUCUACUGCAGCACCGCCAACGAGAUCGCUGUGGCUCAGUUCCAGGAUCGUUGGGUUCAGGCCUAAGAUCAACACCUCAAACCAUCUCCAGCGCAACCAUGUCUUCCAAUCUGGGAUCUCCAGCUUUAAUCAACGUCUUCCGUUAAUUUUUGACAAAACUUUACAAAAAUUAACAAGCAAGCCGACAACCUUCAGAGCUUUACUAAAAUUGUGAUAAAUUUUACUUAACAUUUAAAAAAACAAAAAAUAUAUUUACAAUUGAAAAGAAA